ACCCCCACGCUUCUCCCAUCAAAACCCCACCCGAAUCUCCCCCGCCUCCGCGCGCCAAGCAUCACCAACCCACCCACCAGUAGCAGCAGCCAGCAGCACGAGGAGCCAUGCAGCCCGACGCCAACGCCCCCUCGCACCGCCUCGCCCGCGUCGCCGCGCACCUCAACCCGCAGAUGGAGGAAGGCGCGCCGGCGCUGAGGCCCGCGGCGUGCCGCGCCAAGGGCGGCGCGCCGGGGUUCAAGGUCGCGAUCCUGGGCGCGGCGGGCGGGAUCGGCCAGCCGCUGUCGCUGCUCAUGAAGAUGAACCCGCUCGUCUCCGUGCUGCACCUCUACGAUGUCGUCAACACGCCCGGGGUCACCGCCGAUGUCAGCCACAUGGACACCAGCGCUGUGGUUCGUGGCUUCCUUGGGGCUCAGCAGCUUGAUGCAGCACUUACAGGAAUGGACCUUGUUAUCAUACCCGCUGGCCUCCCUAGGAAACCAGGAAUGACAAGGGAUGAUUUAUUUAACAAGAACGCCGGGAUUGUUCGCACGCUUUGUGAAGGCGUUGCCAGAUGCUGUCCUGAUGCAAUUGUGAAUUUGAUCAGCAACCCAGUAAACUCAACUGUCCCCAUUGCUGCUGAGGUUUUCAAGAAAGCUGGAACUUAUAAUCCCAAGCGUCUCCUUGGAGUCACAACACUUGAUGUUGUGAGGGCUAACACCUUUGUGGCUGAGGUGCUUGGAGUUGAUCCAAGAGAUGUCAGUGUUCCUGUUGUUGGCGGGCAUGCAGGGGUAACUAUAUUACCCCUCCUCUCCCAGGUCAACCCUCCAAGCUCAUUCACUCAGGAAGAGAUCAAAUAUUUGACUAACCGCAUUCAGAAUGGUGGCACAGAAGUUGUGGAGGCAAAGGCUGGAGCAGGGUCUGCAACUCUGUCAAUGGCUUUUGCUGCUGCGAAAUUUGGUGAUGCAUGCUUGCGAGCAAUGCGCGGUGAAGCUGGCAUCAUUGAAUGUUCAUAUGUUGCCUCUGAGGUGACAGAGCUGCCGUUCUUUGCAACAAAAGUGAGGCUGGGUCGCGGAGGAGCUGAGGAGAUCCUUCCUCUUGGACCUUUGAACGACUUCGAGAGAGUUGGUCUGGAAGCGGCAAAGAAGGAACUGAACGAGAGCAUCCAGAAGGGCAUCGCUUUCAUGAAGAAGUGAAGCGGUACGAGCCAAGGGAUCAUCCCCAAGAUCUGGACCAUACAUAGAUGUAUAGUACUCCUGUACAUGUAAUAUCACUUUUGCAAGACAGUAGUAAAAUGCUAAUUACCCUAUAGCAACUGUAACAUCUUCCUGGGCGUGGAAAUCUUCCAUCUUCAUGGAGCUGCUUCUUA